AUGGAAGAACUCACAGCAAAUCAAGUCAAGAGUCAUCUCCAGAGUUAUAGGAUCACCAAACAGAAAGAAGCCAUACAAGACGAGAGGCGAAAGAAUAUGAUAAGGCGAGAGAAUAUGUGGGAAUGCAUCCAAAAUCAACAAAGGCUCAUGCAACAUGGAAAAAUAAUCGAAUUUGGAGAAUCAAGUAACAAGACUAAAGAAGUAUCCUACAAAUCUCUCUCUCAAUCUUCAAGUACUGGACUCAAUGAAACUAGAAAUGGUGAAGGGAGCUCGGAUGGUAACAAUGAUGAGACUUUGUCCCUUGAGCUCACCCUUGGUAUCAAGUACUAA